AUGAACGCCCCUCUCGGUGGAAUCUGGCUCUGGCUCCCUCUGCUCUUGACCUGGCUCAGGCCUGAGGUCAGCUCUUCAUGGUGGUACAUGAGAGCUACAGGUGGCUCUGCCCGGGUAAUGUGUGACAAUGUGCCAGGUCUGGUGAGCCGCCAGCGGCAGCUGUGCCACCGACACCCAGAAGUGAUGCGUGCCAUUGGCAUGGGCGUGGCAGAGUGGACAACUGAGUGCCAGUACCAAUUCCGCCAGCACCGCUGGAACUGCAACACCCUAGACAGGGACCACAGCCUCUUUGGCAGGGUUCUGCUUCGAAGUAGUCGGGAAUCUGCCUUUGUUUACGCCAUCUCCUCAGCUGGAGUUGUAUUUGCCAUCACCAGGGCCUGUAGCCAAGGAGAAUUAAAAUCCUGCUCCUGUGAUCCAAAGAAGAAGGGAAGCGCCAAAGACAGCAAGGGAACCUUCGACUGGGGUGGCUGCAGUGAUAACAUUGACUAUGGGAUCAAAUUUGCCCGAGCAUUUGUGGAUGCCAAGGAAAGGAAAGGAAAGGAUGCCAGAGCCCUGAUGAAUCUGCACAACAACAGAGCCGGCAGGAAGGCUGUGAAGCGGUUCUUGAAACAAGAAUGCAAGUGUCACGGAGUGAGUGGCUCGUGUACGCUGAGGACAUGCUGGCUGGCCAUGGCUGACUUCAGAAAAACAGGCGAUUAUCUGUGGAGGAAGUACAAUGGGGCCAUCCAGGUCGUCAUGAACCAAGAUGGCACUGGUUUCACUGUGGCUAACAAGAGGUUUAAGAAGCCAACGAAAAAUGACCUCGUAUACUUUGAGAAUUCUCCAGACUACUGUAUCAGGGACCGAGAUGCAGGCUCCCUGGGUACAGCUGGCCGAGUGUGCAACCUGACCUCUCGAGGCAUGGACAGCUGUGAAGUCAUGUGUUGUGGAAGAGGCUAUGACACCUCCCGCAUCACGCGGAUGACCAAGUGUGAGUGUAAGUUCCACUGGUGCUGUGCAGUGCGUUGUCAGGAUUGCCUGGAGGCCCUGGAUGUGCACACGUGCAAGGCCCCUAAGAGCGUCGACUGGGCGGCUCCCACAUGA